AGUUCCACUGAUUUGUUAAUGAGAGAAGGUAAUUAAUUAACUUUAACUUUCUCUUAAUUUCAAAACCCAAUGGAUCAACACAACCACCAAUCCACCACCUCCGGCGCCGUCGCAACCGCAAAGCCACUCCACUGCAUCGUCAAGCUCGGGGGUGCUGCAAUUACCUAUAAAAAUGAGUUGGAGACGAUAAACGGUGACAACCUUAAUAUAGUUUCGUCACAGCUAAGGCAAGCGAUGAUUUUAGGGCCUUGUCAUGGGAUGGAUUGGAGCAGAAGGCCUGGAUCCUCGGAAAUCCCAACUGUUGCCGAUGAUUUUGAUGAACAGUUACAAUUGAAAUCUAAAAAGUUUGUUGUUGUUCAUGGUGCAGGUUCUUUUGGCCACUUUCAAGCAAGCAAGUCAGGCGUUCACAAGGGUGGAUUGAACAAAUCCCUUGUCAAGUCUGGUUUUGUAGCUACAAGAAUAUCUGUCACGUCCCUCAAUCUUGAAAUUGUCAGAGCGCUUGCGAAAGAGGGUAUUCCUUCUAUUGGAAUGUCACCAUUUUCAUGUGGCUGGUCAACUUGUCAAAGAAAUUUAUCCACAGCAGAUAUUUCGACAGUGGUUAAAGCUUUAGACACUGGAUUCAUACCUGUUCUGCAUGGUGACGCCGUACUGGAUAGUUCACAGGGUUGCACUAUAUUAAGUGGAGAUGUAAUCAUUCGUCAUCUAGCUGAACAAUUAAGACCCGAUUACGUUGUUUUUCUGACAGAUGUUUUGGGCGUAUAUGACCGCCCACCAACAGAACCUGAUGCGACGCUUCUUCAGGAAAUUGCCGUGAGUGAAGAUGGGAGCUGGUCUGUGUUAAAACCUCAAUUACAAGACGUGAGCAAGCAAGUUGAGAUAACUGUAGCAGCUCAUGACACGACUGGUGGCAUGGUCACCAAAAUAUCAGAAGCUGCGAUGAUUGCUAAAUUGGGAAUUGAUGUCUACAUAGUCAAGGCAGCUACGGAUCACUCGAUGAGGGCUCUCAAGGGACAGCUGAGACAGAAUAUACCCGACGACUGGCUCGGAACAGUCAUCCGCCUUGCCAAAUAGAAUAUGCAAUCGAACAACAAUUGAAAUUUACAAUUUUCAGUUGCCUUGGACUAACUUCUGCCAUUUACGUGUUUUUUGUAACGUACGGAUUUAUUGAUGAAUAACCCAACAUAUUAGUUCCAUGUUACCGUUACUGUACUGAUUUAUCGAAGAAUAACCCAACAUAUUAGUUCCAUUUUACCGUUACCGUACUUAUUUAUUGAAGAAUAACCUAACAUAUUAGUUCCGUUUUACCGUUACAUAUGAAUUACAAAAGGCUAUAUUGCAAAAAGAUCAAACAAAUAAUAAAUCUAAUCGGGAGGUGUCACCUUCGACACUUAUGAUAACUAGUAUGAACAAUGAAACUAGAAUAAAUUUAUCCGAAAGUAAAGAAACCAACCAACACCAUAAACAAAAUAACAAUUUACCAAAGUUGGCAGCAUAUCAAUUUAUCCCCACACCAUAAUAAACAAGAUGAGAUUCGAACAUCUUUAGGAAACGGAACAAA